AACCCGGAAGGCACGGCGCUCAGGUCAGGACCGCGCGCGGUGGUCUGAGGUCAGCGGCCGGGUCCCGCAUGGCGGCGCACAGGAAGCACGUGUUUGUGGAGAAGGUGCUGCAGAGACUUUUUCCUCGUGUUCCAAGUGGCCAAGGAAAGAGGUUGGAACCCCAGACGCUGACCGUCCAAAAUCCACCAAAGAAAGUGAUCUCUGAGAAAGUGAGCCGGGAACAUGCUCAGCCUUUGACAGACGCUGGCUCUGAGACCCCGACUGUCCGACGGCUCUACACCGCCAGCGGGCCUCCCGAGGGCUACGUCCCCUGUCAGCCGGAGCCCAGCAGCUGUGGGAGCCCUGAGAACGCCUCCAGCGGGGAUGACACAGAAGAUCAGGAUCCUCAUGACCAGCCAAAGAGAAGAAGAAUUAGGAAGCAUAAAUCAAAGAAAAAAUUUAAAAAUCCCAAUAAUAUUCUUAUAGAACAAGCAGAAUUAGAGAAACAGCAGAGUCUGUUACAGGAGAAGUCUCAGGCACAGCACACAGAUGGCAGCACAAUAAGCAAAAAUAAAAAAAGGAAACUGAAAAAGAAACAGCAAAUUAAAAGGAAGAAAGCAGCCGGCUUGGCAGCAAAGGCUGCUGGCGUCAGUUUCAUGUACCAGCCAGAGGACAGCAGCAGUGAAGGAGAAGGUGUGGGAGAGGCUGGUGAGGAGGGAGGUGUGGAUGCCAGUGAGGAAGACCUGACACGGGUCAGGGAGGAAGACGUUGAAGACGCUAGGGAGGAGGGCAGUGCGGAUGCCAGUGAGGAAGACCUGACACGGGUCGGGGAGGAGGACGGUGCGGACCCCAGUGAGGAAGACCCGACACCAGCUGGGGAGGAAGACGUUAAAGACACCAGGGAGGAGGACGGUGCAGACGCCAGCGAGGAAGACCCGAUACCGGCUGGGGAGGAAGAGGACGUUAAAGACACCAGGGAGGAGGACGGUGCGGAUGCCAGCGAGGAAGGCCCGACACCAGCUGGGGAGGAAGAGGGUGCAGACUCCGGGGAGGAGGACGGUGCGGAUGCCAGUGAGGAAGAUGAUACAAUUACCAAUGAAAAGGCAGACAGUAUUCUAAAUUUUUUGAAGUCAACACAGGAAAUGUAUUUUUAUGACGGUGUCUCCAGAGAUGCAGCUUCAGCUGCCCUCGCAGAUGCCGCUGAGGAGCUGCUGGACUGUCUUGUGUCACACAGCAUGCCGCCCUCAGACGUGUCCAUCCUGUACCACAUGAAAACGCUGCUGCUUCUGCAAGAUACGGAGAGAUUGAAGCAUGCUCUGGAAAUGUUCCCAGAACACUGCACGAUGCCUCCUGACCAUGCCAGAGUAAUCUCGACUUUCUUGAGUUACUGGAUCACACAUAUCCUUCCUGAGAAGAGCAGUGACUAAAAUGGAAUAUCUCUUUAAGGACAGCUCCUCUUUAACAAAACACUUAAAAGACAAAUGUGAGAUGAGCUUAGAGUUAGUUCCCUGGGAACUUGAAAGACAGUUCUGCCAUAUUAUUUAUUCACGUGUUUGUUCCUGAUGGGCAAGAUGCCAUCUGAGGCUUCGGAUGAGAAAUUGGGGUAAAAUGGAAAUUUUUCACUUAUUUGCAAUUAUAUAUGUCUUAAAUUACUACAUAAAACUUGAUUCUGUUUUUCUACUUACUGUAAAAAUUGAAAAUGGACAUUCUGUUAAGUUAAGCUGUAUAGUUUGAAGCUCAUAUUUUUAUGAAGUUUUAAAUCUCCUUGUAUCUGAAAGUCUCUGUUUUAAGAAUGUUUUCUGGGUAUUAAAAUGUUCUAGUUUAA